AAUUUUGUCCACUCGCCAUCGGGCUGGGGCGGGGGAGAAACGCAACCGGAACAGGAGCCGCAUUAUCACAAUCAGCUGCAUCCCGCAUCAGAACUGUGUGUGUCUGAUCAAUCAGUGAGCCCCUUGGGUGUGUCUAUUCCACACCAUAACUGGCUCUUCUGAGGUCUCCUAGGCUGAGCUCCUUUUAACAGCUCUCUUUCUGUCUCACGCAGCUGGUUCCUGAGGUCUGUGCCUCUCCCUAGUCUUCAUAUUUGUUAGUCCUGUGGAUUUGUGCACGUCUCUGUUUCAGGCCAAGUGGGAGGGAAAUGGUAGAGUAACUUCACUGAGAUGGAAUGAUCAGGAUGGCAAGAGGUGACCUUGGAUUGGAAGACUUCAGAAAUGGCCAAUAGAGGACCAAGCUAUGGCCUGAGCAGAGAAGUUGAGCAAAAGAUUGAACAAAAAUAUGAUUCUGAAUUAGAAGAACGAUUAGUAGCUUGGAUCAUUGCACAAUGUGGUGGGAAUGUAAAUCGUCCAGAUCCUGGAAAAGUACACUUUCAAAAGUGGCUGAUGAAUGGUGUUUUAUUAUGUAAAGUUAUAAACAGCCUUUAUCCAAAAGAUGAAGAGCCAAUUAAAAAAAUCCAGGAAUCUGAAAUGGCGUUUAAACAGAUGGAACAGAUUUCUCAAUUUCUGAAGGCUGCUGAAGUUUAUGGUGUUGCAACAAUGGAUAUCUUCCAGACUGUGGACUUGUGGGAAGGAAAAGAUUUGGCUGCAGUUCAAAGAACUCUAAUGGCUUUGGGUAGUGUAGCAGUUACUAAAGAUGAUGGGUAUUAUUGUGGUGAUCCCAACUGGUUCCAUAGGAAAGCUCAGGGUAACAAGCGAGCAUUUUCAGAUGAGCAGCUACGAAAGGGACAAAGUGUUAUAGGUUUGCAGAUGGGCAGUAACAAAGGAGCCUCCCAGUCUGGUAUGACUGGUUAUGGUAUGCCUCGUCAGAUCAUGUGAAAUACCAUCCUGUGGUGGGAAGCAUCAAAGCAAAUGGACUGAUACUUAAAGGAACUUUUUUAGCAGAACUUAACUACUGCCUUCUGAAGCAUCACCAAGCAAGAUGCUUGCUUCCGCCUCAAUUUUUGUGGGCUUUUCUUUUUAAAUGAUUCUGGCUGUGUAAAAAUCGUAAUGAUUGAAAUUUGCAGUAUUAAUCAAGUUGUUUCCACCAGUCUAAGCUGACCAUGACCUGUUCUACAAUUUUACCUGUUGACUGACAACGGAUGGUGGGGGAAAUUUUUUUGGUGAAGACCAAAAUUGAACUUAAACAUCACUUGAUCCACAAUUGGUAGCUUAGAGGAGUUUAUGAUGCUACAAUUUGAUCAAGUGAUAUGCUACUUAAUACCUAGUAAACUACCAAACUGGAUAUCCUAUCACUCCGAGGACCUCAUGUACCUGAAUAAAUGAGGACCAGUUAUUGACUGACCUUGAGGAUUCAGAUCACAAGGAAACUGACUAGCCAGUCUCUAAUGGUUGAGCAGUUAAAUGCAAGAAUAGUAUUUUCUGGAGUAGUUCUGCUUUUGGGUUCAUGAGGAAAAUGGGAAUAGGCACAUUUUUUUGAAAAGUGAUAUCUGAAAUGUAACUGAGUCACUAUUUUGUCAGUGUAGGCUAUGUAAAAGAUCAUCAAACAUAAUUUAGCCAUUCUAAUUAUAUAAAUAUUCCUCUGGCAUUAACUCAGCUUUAUCUCUUGUACACAAGGGUGCUAAUGAAUUGCUUCAGUUCAUUUCUACACUUAACUGUGCACUAACCUGUAGGGUUACAUUUUGUCUUUAGUUUGCAUUUGUAUACUUUAUCAUGUUAGAUUUUCCCAAAAGUUGGAAUCUGCUUUUUUAACAUUUAGAUAAGCAUUGACUCAAGUUAAACAGCUGGUUUUAAUGUCCCAAUUCCAAGGUCUUAUGGAAAUCAAAGUUACAAACAUUUAUUCUCUUCAGAGCUAAUUCACAACUUGUUCUAAACUUUUUUGCUUUGAAAUUUACAAGUUAGCACCUUGAUUGUAUGUGACCAGUUAACCAACUGUUGAAAAUUAAUUGUUUGAACUUUCCAAUGGAAUACAGAGCAUUUUUUGUAUUAGUUCAAAAACUAAUAAAUUUGAUGUCCAGUA